AUGCAACGGUGGUCGGGCGUUCUUCUCAUUGCACUAUGUUGUUUACUUCGUGGAGCGCUCGCAUAUACCGAACCAAGUGAGUAGGGCAAAUCCAUUCUCCAUUUUUCACGCCUGAUCCCAAUCUCUUAAUUGAGUUUGAUGCGCGCGCGUGGAGGUCCGUGAGGGUGCGUCGCGUCUUUAACGGAAUGACAAAGAAAAGGAAAAUAUAAAUGCGGCUCAAUUCAAUUAUACGGAUUUAAACUCCGUUUCAAAUUCAGAUUUUCGUCACACGUGGGAGUUUGCCUGUGUCUGUGUUUUGGUGAGAAAAGUUUGGCGUUUUUUCUGAAUGAAAAGGGGAAACCAGGAUAUUGCGGGUUGAAAGAAGAAGACGAUUCGUUGCAUAGUGUUCAGAGAUCGCAAUGCCGCAUCCAGAUCGGUAUAGACUGGUGGAUUCAUUAAUAAAUAGUGGUCCCCAUUAAUCCGGUCACUUCCCACGCUUUUGGGACUUGGUCAAUGUUUGAUAUCUUCUCAGUUGACCUUCAAACUCUUCGUGGGAGUGCCCCUUCUUCUUUCUCACAAAAAAAAGUAUUUUGGGACGUCAAAAUGGAAACAAGACAAGUUUGAAGUGAGAUAUUGAGGCGAAAAGAUAGUGUUGAGUGGGAUGCCGAGUUUUUAUUUUUUUUUGGCAAACGUCCGGUCCACAGGGACAUGUUUCUUUCAAUGGUGCUCUGUACCCGUCCAUCGCCACCAACACGAAAAUGACGCUAUCGUUCUGGCAAAGUGAUGUAUUUGGGGCGAUUUUCAAUCAACAAGAAAACGUUUUCGUCUCACUGUCCCCCCUUCAAAAUUAGAUUGUGAAAAGAAAACGAGGGAAUUGUUGCAGUCUAUGAAAUCGUCGAAGAGGACGCACCUGCAGAGGAUUUCGAAGCUACUCGAAAUAACGAGAAACAAGAUGGUCGGGUGUUCUCAAAACGAGGUACCACAAUGACAGAAUGAAGUGACCCAAAAUAGUUGUGUUUGUAGACUUCGAUGGGGCGAUGCCAGGUGUGUUGCGCUUUGGAAAGCGCGGUGGUGUCUGGGAAAAAAGAGAGAGCAGCGUCCAGAAGAAAGAGAUGCCAGGAGUCCUCCGCUUCGGCAAACGCGCUUUCUUUGACGAGAAGAAAAGUGUGCCAGGUAAGUAUUGAACGACAAUCGAAAUCUCUCAACGAUUUCUUUUUUAGGAGUUCUCCGUUUCGGAAAACGUGACGUGCCGAUGGACAAACGGGAGAUCCCAGGAGUGUUGAGAUUCGGAAAGAGAGAUUACAUGGCCGAACUCUUCAAUAAACGUAGCGAAGUUCCCGGAGUUCUUCGAUUCGGAAAGCGCGACGUCCCCGGCGUCUUGAGGUUGUCACCCGCCUACGCCCGACAAAAACAACGUCUUGUUUUCAGAUUCGGGAAACGAUCGGAUUUUGAGGAGCACUACGCCGGAGUCUUGCUCAAGAAGAGUGUGCCCGGUGUCCUCCGCUUCGGUCGUAAGUGAAUGGUAAGAGUUUGUUGGGAGGACAGAAAAUAACAUCAAUUAUUUACAGACGGUCUACUCGAUGUGCGCCAGCGAUGA